UGACCAAAACCAAAAGGGCUUUUUCUCCACAGUGUUGUGGUGUCAGAUUGGCGUGCUUUACUGUGCUUGUAGAGCUGUAAAUACUGCAACAACACACAGAGAGACAUAAAAGAAAGAAAGAGAUUGAAAAAAAAAAAUGGAGUGCUGAAAGAGAUUUCAUGAGUGUAAGUAAUAGAGAGAAGAACCAACUAAAAAUCAAAUCAAAAGCUUCUUUUUCUUUUUAUUUUGCUGUUGCAGUACUACUGAAGAGGAAGAGGAACAUAAGAAUAUAUAUAUCAUGUAAGAAUUUGGAUGUUUGUGUUUGUUUUUGUAUUUUUAGGUGAGAAAAUUAGGAGGGGUAGGAGGAGUAUAUAAUGGUGGUGCUGAUUUUGAAGAGAGGAGGGGAACAUUCUGAGCAUGGGUUUUUGAGUUUUGGUUGGAAGCUCUAUCUUUAUGUUGGGGGGUGUUGAGAAGAUGAGAUAAAAAUGUGUGGUUUUCGAGUUAUCUUCAUAGGGAAAAGUGGUUGUUUUUUGUUUUUAAGUUACUGAGUGUCUACAGUGUUAAUGCCCACUACUAGUACACUGGUAUUGAUUCUCUCAAUUCAACUCUACUGGUAUAGCUACCAAAAUUGGAGGUCUGGGGAGAAAGGAUUAUUAUUAGGACAUGUGUGGGGGUCUUAAACGGCAAACAACUAUGAAUGAAGAAAAAUGUAUAAACAAAACAACUGACUUUGGAUUCUCAAGGGUAUAAAACUGAGGAGAUCAAGUUUGAGAGAUUGUGUUAGUGAGAUCUUGGUGGUGGGUCUUUUAGUUUGUGAAGAAGCUUUUAAAAGACCCUCCUCCUCCCCCUUUUCUUUAAAGAAAUAAACAAAUAGAGGGUUUUUGUUUUUUAAUUUUACUGGUUUGAUAAUUAGUUUAAGUAGUGAGUCUCUGUUGGCAAUGUCUCCUGAGGUAACUGAGUAAGCCCGUGCUCCAUGGGAGCUGCCAUAUACAAAGGAAACAAUCUCUUCUUAAGGUCUCUUGCCAUUGAAGAGAACUCUUCUUCAUCUCUUAUUUAAAAAAUAAAGUUUGGUUUUUUUUCUUUUCUUUUUUCUUUGUUUCACAGACCAUCUUCAUUUUAUUACUCUUCUCUUUUCUUUCUCUUUCAUUUUAAUUAUCUAGUCCUUUCUCCUGUCUUGGUUGAUUCAAAAGAUCCCAUCUUCAUAAUCAUAAAUCUCUUCUCUUUUGAUCACUUCUUCUACACUUGAAUCUCACAAUACCAGUGUUUGUUUUCACAUUCAGAAAAAAGUUUUUAGGUCUUUUUUUUCUUCACUUUAUUGGGUUAUGUUUGUUUGGGUGUUUUCAAAGGUGAUGUGCUAUUGGGGUAGUAGUAUUUUAGUCAGUAUUUAGAGCAACAAGAAGAAAGGGGGAAAGAAAAAGUUCAGAUCUUUCCGUAUUAGCAAGAUGAAGUUCAUGAAACUUGGAUCAAAGCCUGAUUCCUUCAAAACAGAUAGUAAUAAUGUCAGGUACGUGGCAGCUGAGUUGGCAACCGACAUCAUUGUUAAUGUAGGGGAUGUCAAGUUUUAUCUACACAAGUUUCCUUUAUUAUCCAAGAGCGCCCGCUUGCAGAAAUUGGUUACUGAGGAAACCAAUGAUGAAGUACACAUCUCUGAAAUGCCUGGAGGACCUGCUGCUUUUGAGAUCUGUGCUAAGUUCUGUUAUGGCAUGACUGUUACCUUAAACGCGUACAAUGUUGUUGCAGCUCGCUGUGCAGCAGAAUAUUUAGAGAUGCAUGAGACAGUUGACAAAGGGAACCUCAUUUACAAAAUCGAAGUCUUCCUCAGUUCUAGUAUCUUCUGCAGCUGGAAAGACUCUAUUAUUGUUCUUCAGACAACAAAGUCUCUGGUUCCCUGGUGUGAGGAGCUGAAGGUGGUCAGCCGCUGCAUCGAUUCCAUAGCUUCCAAGGCCUCUAUCGAUACUUCCAGAGUAGAAUGGUCCUACACUUAUAACCGUAAAAAACUCCCAUCAGAAAACAGGACAGAUCCACAAUGGAAUGGUGUUGUCACGAAACCUCCCUCGGUCCCAAAGGAUUGGUGGGUUGAGGACUUGUCUGAACUGGAACUAGAAUUCUACAAGCGAGUUAUAGUGACCAUUAGAAACAAAGGGAAAGCUCAGGGUGAUGUUAUAGGAGAAGCCCUGAAAGCAUAUGCACUGAGAAGGCUACCAGGUUUCAGCAAGGGCGUGAUCCAGGGUGGUGAUACUGUAAAGAAUCGAUCUUUGGUGGAUACUAUUAUUUGGCUGUUACCGAAAGAAAAAGGAAGUGUUUCCUGUAGUUUCCUACUCAAGCUCUUAAAAGUGGCAACACAACUUGAUUGUGGAGAAAAUGCAAAGCAAGAACUUAUUAAAAGAAUAGGGCUAAAGAUGGACGAAGCUUCAGUUAAUGAUCUGUUAAUUCCUGCACCUGCUGGGGAGGCUAUGAUGUAUGAUGUGGAUGCAGUACAAAGCAUAUUGGCGGAAUUUGUAAUGCAAGAACAGAAUUCAAUAGACUCGGAUCUGAAUGAUGAAGUACUGGAGAUUAGAAGCCCUAGGUUUAUAUCAGAUGCUUCUAAACUCAUUGUGGUGAAACUGGUUGAUGGAUACCUUGCAGAAAUAGCCAGAGACCAUCAUCUUCCUUUCUCGAAAUUUGUCAACCUUGCAGAAAUGGUAUCAAGCUUCUCAAGACCAACUCACGAUGGACUCUACCGUGCCAUUGACAUGUUUCUAAAGGAGCAUCCUGGGUUGAGCAAAAGUGAUAGGAAAAGGAUCUGCAGGUUGAUGGACUGCAAGAAAUUAUCAGUAGAUGCCUGUGCACAUGCGGUGCAGAAUGAGCGGCUUCCCUUGCGAGUUGUCGUGCAAGUUCUCUUCUUUGAGCAGGUCAGGGCUUCAACAUCUCCUACUGGCGGCGCAACACCUGAUCUUCCUGGGAAUCUUAGAGCACUACUUCCAAGAGAAAAUGGUUCCCAUGGUAGUUCAAGGUCCACAACUACUAACACCGAAGAAGAUUGGGAUUCUGUCCCAACCACAGAAGAGCUGAGAGCUCUUAAAGGGGAGCUCGCCACGUUGCGGUUAGGUGGUAGAAAUCUUAAGAACGAAGAUGAUGCCAAUAGUGUUGAAAGAGCAGCUGUAAGUAAAGUGAAGGGCAUACUCAAGUCGAAGAAGUUAUUUUCAAAACUUUUUUCAACCAAGGGAACACGUGAUGAAAACAGCAGCUCUGAUACAUCGGAUAGUCCUGCUGGUUCUUCUGCUAAUCCUGAGGAAUCCAAGUCCACACCUUCGCGAAGCAGAAGACGUUCAGUCUCGUAGUAGAGAGUUGAGGGUUGGUAAUAGUCUUGCUCUCUCUCUUAUUUUGACAGUAGGAAGUAAGUAGGCACCGCUGGUAUAUUCCUGUCACUUGACGUAGAACAUGAAAUGGAAGAAUGCAUUUCUUGGGGCUUAUGAGCAAAAUGAAACUAUGAAAAGCUGAAGAGCUAUGGUAUUUGAUUGCUAGUAAGGUCUUAUUGUUCUUCUUAGUCUUUUUGUUUUUUUUAGUUUAUUCUGCUCUUUUUGGUUGGGUUCCGAGUAUGAUCUAGUUUUGCGCUGUACCAUAAGGAAAUGCCACACACUAUGGAUUUUUCUAAACUUUUUUGCUUAGGCUUCCCUUCUUUUAUCUUGUUUAUUUUGUAAGGCUCUGGCUAGAUCAACUCGGAAAGAAAAAAAGAAGAUGAAAUAAAUAAUGGAAUGCUUGCUAGUCUCA